UUCGCGAACGGCACACGAUUACACGCCGCGUCCCUCCACUGUUUGAUGCGUAAACAAUUCUCCGUAAAUAUUGCAUAAACUCUACUAACAAUAAUAAAAAUCGUUUAUUGUGUAUAUAAUUGUACCUACUGAAUUUAAUGUGUCAUUGGAUUACAUUAUUUGUAGAUAAGAAACUUCAACAAGAACAAUGGAAGACUGAGGAAAAGUAAUAAAAAGAAAAUCAAAGAAUAAAUGGCUGGGUGUAGAGUGCUACCGUAACAAUCAUGAGCUAUAUUGAUGACAUAUGGAACACAACCGUGAAUGGAUCACAAGUUGUCGAUCCAACACUGAUAUUCGGUCCCCAAAGGGACUCUCUUUACAUCGUACUCCCUAUUACGAUAAUUUAUUCUCUCAUUUUCAUCACAGGGUUAUUUGGGAACAUAUUCACAUGUAUCGUAAUAAUUCGGAACAAGAGUAUGCAUACGGCAACAAACUAUUACUUAUUCAGUUUAGCCAUAUCAGAUCUUCUGUUGCUCGUAAGUGGGAUGCCACAGGAGAUGUACUCGAUCUGGUCUAAAUGGCCAUACAUAUUCGGAAACGUGUUUUGUGUUAUCCGUGGCCUGGCAGCUGAGACGUCAACUAACGCUAGCGUCUUAACAAUUACUCUAUUUACAAUAGAGAGGUAUUUAGCUAUUUGCCACCCCUUUGUAUCCCACAAAAUGUCGAAGCUGUCACGAGCAAUAAAGCACGUUAUACUCCUGUGGUUGGCGUCUUUCGGUCUGGCUCUACCUCAGGCUCUCCAAUUUGGAAUUAAGAUCCACAAAGGGGUCACGAUGUGCUUACAAACAAGAGUUAUCAUCGCGCAUUCUUUUGAAAUAUCCACCUUCUUUUUCUUUUUUGCCCCUAUGAUUGUAAUAACGGUUUUAUAUUCUCUCAUUGGGUUAAGACUGAACAAAUCAAAUUUAAACAACGAACACCAGGAGGGUAAAAAUAGAAAUCCAAGAAUUGUACAGAAAAUACAGCGAAAAAACAGCACCCAGUCAACAAAACGAGUUGUUAAGAUGCUUGUGGCUGUAGUAGUGGCAUUCUUCGUCUGCUGGGCGCCUUUUCACGCCCAACGCUUGGUGGCGAUCUACGGCACUGCUGAAAACCACCUUGCGAAGUCCCCGAUUCUACUCUCUGUUUAUUACUUUCUGACUUAUAUGUCCGGGGUGUUUUAUUACAUGUCGACCUGCAUCAAUCCUAUAUUCUAUCACAUCAUGUCAAACAAAUUUAGAGAGGCGUUUAAGUCUACAAUGGUCAAUUGGUGUUGUCGGAAUAACAAACGUCCGGUGAUACAAAGAUGCUCCUAUACCACGGUUCCCUUUUCUCGACACGUCACAUCAAACGGAUCAUCAGUAAACUCAGGAAAUUCUGCAAAAACCAAAUCAACUAUAAAAACACAAAUGGAUUCAAGGAACGAAGAGAGUAAAGCAUUAGCACCGCCUCCACGUGUAUGGAAAGUCUGUGAACGAUGCAGAAGAACUUUUACUGCACCCACACAAUCUUUUGAACUGAACAGUUGCAGUCACGGGCUGAAUGUGAAGAGGAACCUGUCAUCUCAAACAAUCUGCCAUCUUGAAGUAUUAAGGAACUAAGUAUAGGGCGUAUAAGCUUGUCUUGACGUAGACAAACGCAAGAGAGCCUUGAUAGUUGAUUAUACAUGGAACUGUAUGGAUGAAGCGCAGCUUCAGAGCGCAGCGUAGCUUCUACGCAGCUCCUCAGUGUGGUCCGAAGUGAGAACGCUUAUAAUAAGGUACAACUUCUGUGCCUCGUUGGAAACGUUUCCGUCGCUAGGACAAAGUAGGAAAGCUAUUUGUAAUAACCGUGCAAAUUUUAUUUUGUAACUAGAUUUUAUAUUUAUGCAAGAGUCGAAAUUAACUAGGGAAUCUGUAUUUAUAGGAAUGCCAACCGUAAACAUUCCGAGUUCGGGGUAUUACAAAAAUUUAUAAUUUGUAGUAAUCCACACUAAUAUUAUAAAUGCGAAAAUAUCUGUCUGUGUGUCAUUCGCCACACCCUAUCAACAAUUUAAGAUCUACAAAGUAACUGUGCAAUUUUGCAGAUUUCAAAUUGUGGAAAACAGUUUAAAGUUUUCACCAGAAAGAUAUCCUAAGAAUUGACUAUAAAAUUUGAAACUAUUGUCAUGUAUUGGAACAUAUUAUGCCGUAAGACACAAUAUCUUCUACUAAAUGGAGCCGAGCCUGCACUUCCGUACGCGUGGAUUCAGGAUAUUAGGAUUCAGAUAUUCAGGUUAUUUAAAAGUCCUAUGGGAAUUAUUUGAUUUUCCGAAAUAAGAAAUAGCCUCCAGGUUUUUAACUAGGUACUACACGUGCAAAAUUCAUCUCGACCCGUUGCGUUGCUCUGUUGCAGCAUAAUUGAAGUUCAAUCCAACAAACAGACGCACUUUCGCAAUUAUAAUAUUAGUCUAUCGAUGAAAGUAUGAUAUCAUAGCGACGUACUCGUAUUAGGUUUCAAUUCAACAAUCUCACGCAGAAGUUUUUCUUCGCCCCUACUUCGCCCAUUCAUAGGGAGAUGUACAUUGUACAUAGUGUUCUGUAGUAAAUAAAGAUCAUUAUCCUAAGUGAGUGACGUACAAUGAGUGCUCUGACAGGGUAUAAGACAAUUUAGACUCGAGACUAAUUGGCGCAGUCGAAGCGACGCGAAUAACGUAUAUUGAACUUUAUCUCUGUUAUGCAAUGUAAUUUUAUAUAUUUAUAUUUUUAUAUAUUUAUUUGGAGCAUUAUAAACUCUAUUUCUCUCUACUUAUAUCUCUAUUUAUGUCUACUUAUAUUGUGUAUUUAUAUUGACGCGUCUUCUCGAGCAUUUUCACAGCUCUAUGCGUCUUUUAAACCCCCGACCCAAAAGAGGGGUGCUAUAAGUUUGACGUGUGUAUCUGUGUAUCUGUCUGUAGCAUCGUAACUCCUAAACGAAUUCACCGAUUUUGAUUUAAAAAAAAUUGUUUGAAUGGUGGUUUGAUCGAGAGUGUUAGCGAGAGCUUAGCGGCUGUUCAACACAAGACGUGUCCACCUACUAGUUAUAAAGUUUAAAAAACAUGAAAUAAAAAUUAAAUUUAAAAUCUAAAAAACUCCUGACACAAGAACCUCUAAAAAGUAAAAAAUUAUAUGUAUUGGUCCUUUAAGUUCAAUAUGAUAAGUAAAAUUUAUAUCCAAGCGCUCAUUGCGUCAUACCUACAAUAUUUUUUACUUUUAAGAGGUUUUUGUGUCGGGAGUUUUUUAAAUUUUAAAUUUAAUUGUAUUUUGAACCUUACACAUUUAUUUUAUACUUCGUACCAACUAUAAAGUGGCGAUAAAAAGCUAUACUCUAAAGAAAGCACAAGUUUGCUUCGCUUCGAUUCUGCUUCUUGAUCCUUAGAUAUUAUUAUACAUAUUGGUAAGUCUAUACCAAUAUAGUUGUAGGCUGCAUUGCAAUUUUUUUUUCAGCCAAAGUUCGAUAAUCAUAAUGAUGAAUAGGGAUAAUUUAUGAAAAUGUAAAUAUCAGUGAAUUAAAAAUAAGUAUAAGUUAAUAAAUAAAUAUAAGUGAAUUAAAAAUAAGUAAGUAUAAGUUUUAGAAACUCCGCAAGAUCUCGAGGAGAUGCUGUGUAACCUAAACCGCUGUUCCAGACAAGUCGGUCUCAGAAUAAAUAUGGACAAAACAAAGGGAAUGCCUAAUCAGUAGGUACGUUGUCCCGACACCGGUUAGCGUCGAAAAUGUUGGCAUCGAAAUUGUUCCAGAAUACAAUUACCUUGGCCAAAUAAUAGAAUUGGGCAUAAGCAAUUUUGAUGAAGAAGCAAACAGAGAGGAAGUCAAGUCUUCUCAUCGUCAAUUUCUCCGUGCCUGAAAACGAAAGUCUUUGACCAAUGUGUCCUUCCCGUCCUCACCUAUGGUGCUGAAACGUGGACACUGACAAUAAACGGCAUAAAGAUAAAGAGGCUGGCGGGAAGUGGCUGGAUGAGGAAU